CCUCACUUAACCAAUAGAAAAAAUAAAAAAUUAAAGUUUCUCUCGGUUUUCAAAUUUCAAAAUCCCAUUGAUCUCUUUUGAUCCUGAAUCUUCACUCACGCCCAUGGCCAAGAAGAACAACUCCCUUUCAAUUUCAAAUCCUGGAUCCUCCUUGGGCUCCAUGGACGACGUCAUCAAGGUCUUCAACAAGUUCGACAAGAACGGCGACGGCAAGAUUUCCGUUAACGAGCUCGGCGCUGCCCUCAGCGAACUUGGCGGCAAGAUCUCCACCGACGAGAUCCGCCGCAUUAUGUCUGAGAUCGACAAGGACGGCGACGGAUUCAUCGACCUCGAUGAGUUCGCCGAGUUUCAUCAGGACGCCUCGUCUUCCAGCGGAUGUAACAAAGAUCUGCAGGACGCUUUCGAUCUGUACGAUAUCGAUAAGAACGGCUUAAUCUCUGCUAAGGAGUUGCACUCUGUUCUCAAACGCCUUGGUGAAAAAUGUAGCCUCAAAGAUUGUUGCCGGAUGAUUAGUUCCGUCGAUGUCGACGGUGAUGGACAUGUAAAUUUUGAGGAAUUCAAGAAGAUGAUGACUCGCUCUUAGUCGUCUCCGGCAGUAGAGAGGUAGUUUCAGAAAUUUAAUCAAGUUAGGCUUAGGAUUUCGAAACGAAAUCAAGUAUUCUCAGUUGAUUGUUAGUGUGUACAGUCUAUGAUUCUGUUUUUAACCGAUUUAGGGCACUAAAACAUCUCUAGAAUGAAUUUCUCUCCUCUGAUUUUAGAUCUUAAUCGAAGAUCCGUAAAGCAAAACAAACAAAUUGUUAGUUCAUAUCUCUCUCUAAUCGAUUCUGCUUCUCUCUUUCUGAAACGGAUUGAUGAAUCCGAAAUUCACGGAGUAAAUUUUGUGUGCUGAAUUUGUGGAAUUUGGAAAUAUUUGAUGUAGUUAUUGACGCAAUUAAAUACUGAUUUUACAAGA